AAGAUAUUAAUAACACACAAUGCUAUUAGAUGUAUUAUUUUUUCUAAUACAUCGUACCAAAUGACCCCUAAUGUUGUGAGAAGGAGAACACUUUUAAAUUGAGAUUAAAGAAUAAAUAAGAAUAAUUUUGUUAAAUUAAUCUUUUUUUUUGGUUUUAUUUUUUAUUUUUUAUUUUCUCCUCACUUUCUUUGGAUUCUCCUCUUCUCUAGCCAUUACAAAAUGGCAACCCAUUUCUUUAAUGUCUCUGGUGGAUUGAAAGAAUGUUGAAUCAUUUUGCCAUUUGAUAAACAAAUUGAAUACCCAAUUGAGAAUACAACCAGAUGGCAGAUUGUUAUUGGAUCACUUUCUUGGUAGUUCUAUUUUGUCUUUUUGGAGCUUUUGAUGCUAGUGCUGGAGAUGCUGAUCCUUUGUACAGGGAUUGUUUUGGCCAAUGUAAAGAGACCGGAUGUGCUGGAGAAACAUGCUUCGCGCAUUGCAAUACUCCUUUAAAUGGUUCUUCUUCUGACGACAACUGGUACUUGAAAGAGCCUCUAUACCUGUGGUUGAAACAAGCGAAUUGCCUAAGUGAUUGCCAGUAUCACUGCAUGCUUCAAAGAGAAAAAGAACGAGCAACACAUGGGUUUGGGCCUGUGAAAUAUCAUGGGAAAUGGCCAUUCAAACGCGUGUUUGGGCUUCAGGAGCCUGUGUCUGUUGCUUUCUCUGCACUUAACCUUGCAAUGCAUCUCCAUGGAUGGGUGUCCUUUUUCACGCUUAUUUACUACAAGUUACGAUCAAAUGCCGAUGAGACGACCUGCUACAAUUACACUAUUUUGUGGCACAUUUACGCGUUCUUCUCUAUAAACUCAUGGUUAUGGAGUGCUAUCUUCCACGGUCGAGACAUGGAUUUUACAGAAAAGCUGGACUACUCAUCUGCUGUGGCAUUACUUGGAUUUUCACUGAUUGUAUCAGUACUAAGAAGUUUCAGUGUAAAGAAUGAGGUUACGAGAGUUCUGGUUGCUGCUCCAUUGCUUGCCUUUACUGUCACUCACAUAUUGUACCUGAACAACUACCAAAUGGACUAUGGAUGGAACAUGAAAGUUUGUGUUGUGAUAGCUGUUUCUCAACUUCUAAUUUGGUCAAUCUGGGCUGGAAUAAGCCAUCAUCCUUCCCGGUGGAAGUUAUGGACGGUGGUUAUUGGAGGUGGCCUCGCUAUGCUCUUAGAGAUCUAUGACUUCCCUCCAUAUCAAGGACUCGUAGAUGCUCAUGCACUUUGGCAUGCCACCACAAUCCCGCUGACCUAUAUGUGGUGGAGUUUCAUCAAGGAUGACGCGAAGUUUGGAACUUCAAACUUGAGUAAAAAAGACAAGUAGUGUUUUCGACAGGGUUUAUAUCGAUCAGUUUUGACAUGGAGAGCUAUAGCAAGUACUCAAUAGUAACUCCUUUUAUGUUCCUUCUUGCAAGUAGAGGAUGCUUGAUGUGUUGGAAAAACUAAAAAUCGAGAUUUUCAGCCAAUAGAAGAGUGUGUCGAUAUUGCCCAAAGGCAGAUUCGGGAUUUUGAUUUGGUGGGUUCAACCUUUAGAUUAUAUUGUAAUGUUAUAGUUGAAGUGUUGACAUUAUUCAUUUCAUCACAUGAUUUGCAACAUUUUCUUGUUUGUUGGGAAUCAUAAACUAGUUAGAACUGAUUCUGAUUUAUGUUCUUUGACAACAAUACUUGUGCCAUGUACACAUUUGCUAUUGUGUUGGAUUUUCACAUGCUUGCAACUCA